AUGAGACCCUCCGACGACCUGCCCCUCCGCAACGGCCAUCCACACCCCAAUCCGUUGGCCUCACAUGCGACCGUCCACGCCGGAGCAAACAACAUGGCUCUAGAUGCGCCGGCAAUCCAAGAGUCCAACGGCACAUCAUCCUCGCGCCCUGGCACCGCCGCGACCAGCAGAUCAAUCAGCAGGGUCCUUCGAGAUGAACAAGCUGGAGCUGCCCAGGGUGCUUCGACUGGCACCUCUGGCCGGCCAGGCAUGCUGCGCGCAAAAAGCGACUUCGGGCCCCGCCCUCCUGCGCCGCCAACAGAGAGUGCCGACGAGGGCAGCGUUGACGGGCAUUUCACCAUUCGCCAUGGUUGGGCCGACCAGCUGGGCUCGGAGGAGUACUCGAACUUAUUGACAUCUGUGUGUGAAUCUCUAGGACCACAGAUGAACUUCUUCAUGUACUACACAGACAAGAAACACGAGACAGGCGGCCACCCCAAAGGCGAGAACAGCCCAUUCCCCGUCCAAGAAUGGCGCAUGAGAGACAGGCUGAAGACUGUUUCUGCCGUCCUUGCGCUGUGCCUCAACAUUGGUGUGGACCCUCCGGAUGUCAUCAAGACCAACCCAUGCGCGAAGGAAGAGUGCUGGAUAGAUCCAACCGUAACCUCCCAGACGCCCGGACACACUCCCAUGAACCAAAUCGGGAAAGCUCUCCAGACGCAGUACGAGCAGCUUAGCAUGCGCACUCGCUACAAGCUGCUCCUCGACCCUACCACAGAAGAGACGAGGAAAUACACAUCCACGCUAAGACGCAAUGCGCGGAACGAGAGGGUGCUGUUCCACUACAAUGGCCAUGGCGUACCCAAGCCGACGAGUUCAGGCGAAAUAUGGGUGUUCAACCGCAACUAUACGCAGUACAUUCCGCUGUCCCUCUAUGACUUGCAGACUUGGAUUGGAGCUCCCAGCCUCUUUGUUUACGAUUGCUCCGAUGCCGGUCUCAUCAUCAGCAAUUUCAACAAAAGGAGUCUCUACCCCACCAACCCCGAGCUGCCGGCAGAUAUCUUCACCUCAUGUCUGACAGAUCCUAUAACCAUGGCCGUGCAAUUCUUCAUCUUGCAAGAUCCACUCCCCACCAAUGUCAGUCUCCGAGACGCCCACAACAUCCCUGGAAAAGUCUCUGAGCGUAGAACGCCCAUAGGCGAGCUCAAUUGGAUCUUCACGGCCAUUACUGACACCAUUGCAUGGAACUCGUUGUCAAAACCUCUCUUCAAGAAAUUGUUUCGCCAAGACCUCAUGGUAGCCGCACUCUUCCGCAACUAUCUUCUUGCACAGAGAAUCAUGCGCGUCUACCAUUGCCAUCCUGUCUCACAUCCCGAGAUCCCUCAAACCCACGAUCAUCCGCUCUGGCGCAGCUGGGAUCUAGCUGUCGAGCUAAUACUUGCACAACUUCCAGAUCUCCAGGCAGAAGCGCGUGGUGAGAAGGAAUACGUCUACAAGCAUUCGGAGUUCUUCUCGGAGCAGCUGACAGCCUUUGAGGUAUACUUGACCCAAGGAGCAGUGGAGCAGAAGAUCCCCGAGCAACUUCCCAUUGUGCUUCAAGUAUUACUUAGCCAGGUCCAUCGCCUUCGUGCGCUCAUUCUUCUUUCGAGCUUCCUAGAUCACGGACCAUGGGCUGUGAAUCUAGCGCUCAGUAUCGGCAUAUUCCCGUACGUGCUGAAGCUGCUCCAGUCACAGGCGAACGAACUUAAGCCGGUUAUGGUCUUUAUAUGGGCCCGAAUUCUUGCGGUUGAUCAGUCUUGCCAGGCUGAUUUGCUCAAAGACAACGGAUAUCAAUACUUCAUCAACAUCUUCAAUCCCAAUUCAGGUAUCGAACACCGAGCAAUGUGCGCCUUCAUCAUCUCCAUGUUUUGUAAAGACUAUAAUCAAGGCCAACGUGCAUCACUGAGCACAGAAUUAGUAGAGAGUUGCCUCGAUCAUCUCAAAGACAUGCAAAAUCCUUUGCUUAGGCAAUGGUCAUGUCUUUGUUUGAGCAAACUCUGGGUCAACUUCGAAGAAGCCAAAUGGGUGGGUAUUCGCUGCAUGGCCCAUGAGCGGCUAUGCGAGCUUAUAGUAGAUCCUGUGGCCGAGGUCAGAGCCGCAAUGCUGCACGCUCUGGCGUCUUUCUUGGGCAUUCGGGAUGUGACUGCUCAAGUCGCUAACAUCGAAGAGUCAAUUGCAUCCAUGGUCCUUGUCGUUACUAUGGAUGGCAACAGUAUGGUACGGCGAGAACUGCUCAUGUUCUUCUCGGUUUUUGUUGCACGCUACAAGUCACGGUUCCUUGUUGCUGCCUAUGAGCAAUUCCUGGCCGAAAAGAGUAGUGCAACUCCAGCACAAACCGAAGACAAACAGGGUGAUGCUCUGUUCAUGAAAUCGCGGACAUCAUCAGAUCCCGAGGUUCCAGCCCCAGCACCGGGCCUUUGCUCACAAAACACUAUAUACUCUGCUAUCUGGAAGGAAUUGCUGGUCAUGUCUGUUGACCCACAUCCCGAGAUCGCCAAGGAGGCGGGCAUCGUUGUGGACCAUAUACUAUUAGCUUUGUCCGAGUCUUCCCUGGCUAAGCACGUACAGUCCCACUUCGAAGAGGCCGUGAAGGAAGUUCAGGCUGCUCGUCCAAUCCGCCGUACUGCGGAGGACGCAUCGUACCAGCAGAAAUCGUCCCAUCCUCCCACGCCGACUAAAGACUCUAGUUAUCUGUCACUAUUUGGUAGCAUACGCAAGUCAACAAGCGUCGGCGCAUCGCUGAAGAAUCUAUGGACGAGUCACGAGCCCGCAACGUCACCUCAGAAGCAGUCUUCAAGAAACAAGGAAGAGAGCGCUGCCACAGCACCAGAGUCGAGACCGCAAACCCCCGAAAAGUACCACGUGGAAGAAGAGCCCAAAUCGCGGGGCUUCAGGCCUCGAGACCUGUCGCAAAAGCCAGAGAUACCAUUGAAAAGUGUGUUCUUUGAGUGGUCAGUGGAGUACUUCCGUGAGCCGCAGAUGAAGCCGACAGAGGCGGACGAACCCGGUAGCACAGACUAUAACGGCAGGUUGUGGCGUAGAAAUCGGAACGAUAAGAUUAUUGCUGAGACGCAACCUCUGAAGGAAGUCUCGGUCUCCAAUCGCUGGGAUGUGCCUCGAGGCUACUUCGACAAUCUCAGCCAGCCCAUGAAGAUGUGCUUCCACCAGUUCGAAGACCACCUUGUUGUGACAGACAACCGGGAUACUAUCAACAUCAUUGAUUACUCGAAGUCCGUUGUCAGGAAGAACUGCUUCUCCAAUGGCAAUCCUCCAGACUCGAGAAUCACAGACGUUCGCUUCAUUAACGAAGAUGACCAAGCUCUACUAAUGACGGGCUCAAGCGACGGUGUCAUAAAGAUCUUCCGCAACUACGACUCCAAAGGGCGAACGGAACUGGUCACUGGCUUCAGAGCGUUGACUGAUCUCGUAUCUAGCAACAAGAACGCUGGGCUGGUGUUCGACUGGCAACAGGGACGGGGCUUAGUAUUGGUUGCUGGUGAUGUCAAGGUUAUCCGGGUUUGGAAUGCGGGCACCGAAGUUUGCACCAGCGUAAGUUACCAAGUAGAAGGAGACGUUUUUGUCGCUGGAUUUGGUGAUGGUGCCAUUCGCGUCUACGAUCAGCGCCAGAAGCCCGCCACGGCCAUGGUCAAAGUAUGGAAAGAACACAAGCAGUGGGUCACGAAUGUGCAUCUGCAGCGAGGCGGCCAGCGCGAGCUCGUCAGUGGCUGUCGGAGUGGUGAGGUCAAGCUCUGGGACAUCCCUGACAAGUGUAGUGGAACACAAAAGCAUCGCGUCAAGAUCUUCAACAUCAAUAGCGGCCAACCCGUCUCCUACUUUGAGCCGUACUCCGGUUUCCUCCGCGACCGAUCAGCUCCCAUUGCAGCUACCGCGUUUCAUCCGCAUAGACUCAUGAUCGCUGCUUCGGCUCUACACGACAACCAUGUCAACAUAUUCGCCUGCCACGAACCGAAACAUUCCGCGAUCAAGACGGUCAAGCUAUGGGAAGGCCCUACUACCACUCCCGGCAGGGUAUCAUCUCUGAAUGUUUAA